AUGGUUCGGGACGGAUCGCAACAUCCAGAUAUUGCUUCCUCCGCCAAAUCUCCCAUGAGAAAUCCACCAUCCCGCUGGCACCCUACCUCGGAGCUUCGUGCCAAAUGCAAGAAUCUGAGCGAAGAGGUCCAGGCAUCCGAGGUUCGUGUUGCCGCUACUGGUUCUGUCUUGUCACAGAAGCAAGUCCACAUCCGGAGACUAGAAGAAGACUUGGCGGAAAUGUCCUCCAAACUCGAGCGAAUGGUGGAAUCAUCGUAG